UAAACUGUUUGGAAAUAUUUUCUUUUGAUUUUGUAUUAAUUGAUAAUGUGCUGUAUUUAUUGUAGCGUUUUUAUCUUGUAAGUUUUGCUAUUUUAUCGUAUGUUGAAUCUUGUUUACAAUUGUCAUUGAACCUUCAUGGCCUCCGGAUCAUUUUGGGUACUUCUUGAGAUUUUAUCUGAUUCUCUUUGAUUUUGACCUUGAUUCUCUUUGGUACCUCUCUCCCUUUCCUUCCCCCCUGUUUCUCUUCAGGGAUGUUUCCCGUUCAGAAUUCAUCAGGUCAUGUUCCCUCGGGCUGUAGUUCAUGAAUCGGCAUCUUUGCGCUGCGCAAUAGCUCGGUUAUAUUCUGCGCAAUAGCUCGGUUAUAUUAAUAAGUCUCCGCGUUAGUCGUUGGGAAAUUCAUUCUAAAGUAACUUGCGUCUCCAUACUGGGAAUUAAUCGCAGAAUAUAAGUCGCAUCGAAUUCCAUCAUCAACGGAUCCCUUUACAUCAACAAUGGAAGAUGAAAUGCUAGCGUUUCAAGCAAGAAUUUCAGAAGAUCCACUUAUUCAAUUUUUUAAUUCAUGUGGACAAUUCAAGUCUGGAAGCUUCUGAUCCAAGAAACCGAUCAGUUGACGUUCUGUACAUGAACUACUGUAAUCCCUAUGAUGAUAGUUUGUUCAACACUGCUGUAAGGUGUGGCAACCUUCAAGUGACGAAAUAUUUGCUUGAAAGAGGAGCUACUGUAGACAAACUUGAUGAAUUUUUGCAAUUACCGCUGCACAUUGCUUGCAGCGGAAAAUGCAUAGAAAUGAUAGAAAUGAUACAUGACGUAACGCCGAGCUUCCUUCUGCAGACGAUUGAUAUAAAUGGAGAAACUCCACUUGAUAAGGCAUGUAGGUAUAGCACACCUCAAGUGGUGCAGUUUCUUUUGUCAAAAGGCUACAGCGUAACUGCCCCAAAUGGAAAAAAUGGCGCUUUAAUAAGCGCCAUUCUGAACAUGAGUAUGGAAUACGCUACAGCCAUCGUGUCUAUGCUUUUAGAUGCUGGUGCAAACAUUAAUCACAAAAAUUCCAAAGGAAACACAGCACUUCUGACUGCUAUUGAAAAACGUGGUCAGGCAGUAAGAACAGAAAAAGAAGAAGCAGAAUUUUUGAAUUUAUGUUCCACUUUAAUAAAUCGUGGAAUUAAUGUCAAUGCGGCUAAUCACAUGAAUGAAACUGCUCUGCAUGCAGCAGUCAAUACACAAGAUGAACGUCUAGUUAAAAAAUUAAUUGCUAGCAAAAGCGAGGUCAACUGUCUAGAUUACAGAAAAUUUACACCUUUAUUUAAGGCUUUUAUGAAUGGAAAUAAAAUCCUUGUAGAAUUAUUGAUAAAUUGCGGAGCUAAUCCGCGAGCACACAUUUGGAAGAACUACACUAGUGACAACAAUGACGAAAGAAAUGCUUUGAUAAGCUUUAUAAUUCAUAAAUCCAUGCAGUGUUUAACUUUACAGAAUAUGUCCGAAAUUGCCAUUAGGAAGAAUUUUAUGAACGUGGAGCGCCUCCCCUUACCUCCACCAAUAAUAAAACUUUUAAAUCUUAAAGACUGAUUAAAUAUAAUGCAAGAUUAAAGGUAAUGCAAUUUCUUGUGUGUGCCUACAAAAGUCUUUACCCAUCCUUCAUUUUCGCAACCGUUGGUCUCAGACAUACACUUCCGCUGUCAAAAGGCUUUUAAGUAACGCAUAUAUUCAUGUUAUGGCAUUUUUAAAUUUAAAGAAGUAAACCUUUUAAAAAUUACAAAAUGCAUCCAUGCCCCUAAACUUAUGUUUAGGAAAAUUGUAUACUCAUUAUAAAACAUAAAGCACAAAAAGUUUCACUCCUGUACGACAAAAAUUGGCCGAAUCCAGUAAUCGGGAAUCAUAUUCAGGGGCAUUACACAAGUUAAAAGAUAAAAUUUUUGCAUUUUUGCAUAACAAAAAUAUUAUUCAGGAAAAGGUAUAAUGUUAAGAUAUUACAAGACGAGUAUUUCUAUGUAGAUUAUUGUGAAAAAUACUGAUAAAUAAUUUUUUUUCAAAAAAAAAAAUCUUAUUUACAUAAUCUUAUAGAAUUCGCGUUCUACAAAGCACAAGCUAACUUCAGUAUAGGCACGUAGCCAACUCGUAAUAUUAUUUGCACCAAAAAAAAGAAUGUAUCGAAUUUUUCCCUUUCCAUCAUUGGCAAGCCUUCUGAUUUAUCGUAGCAUUCUAGCAGACUUUUUUUUUUAAUCAAGUUAUACUUAGGUUUCCUUCUGGGAAUAUUCUUUUAUAUUUUUCUUCAACUGCAAAGGCGCUCUACUGUAUAAUUUUUAACACUGUCAGCUAAUAUCAAUUCGUUUUUCAUUAGAAGACUUGUUUAGUUUUGCAAAGCAUUUCACGUCAUUCUUUUUGGCAUCACAAAUCACAAUAAUUAGUUAAUUAACGUAAAAUACCUUAUAACUUUUUCGAUUGAUUCUUGGCAAUCUAAUUUAUUAAACUUUCUCCUUCGUUUGUGUAUUUCAAAAGUCUGUCGAUAAAUACAUCUUCAAAAUUUAAUCUUUUGCAUUUAUCAAAAUUGCCUUCUCGCAUCCAUUAAUGCAUAUAUUUUCAUGUAAUGUUGUAAAUUGUGUUCAAAUAUUUGUGUUUAUUUUUAUUUGUAUUCUGCUUUUGCUUUUAUGCAAUUUUGUAUUUUUAAAUAUUUGUUUUUAUUUUUUUAUAAAUUGAGUGCAUUUUGCUUGUGCUUUUAAAUCAAGUAUGCAGUUACUUAGUCUGUUUAUAAUAACAGCUAAAAUUCAACGAAAUAUGCAAAUGAAUUAAUGCUAUGUUAUAUAUUUUCAUGUAAUGCUGUAAAUGUAUUCAAAUCUUUGUGUUUAUUUUAUUCUGCUUUUGCUUUUUUGUAUUUUUGUAUUUUAAAAUAUUUGUUUAUUAAUUGAGUGUAUUUUUGCUUGUGUUUUUGUUUAACCGAGCAUGUGGUUACUUAGUAUGUUUGUAAGGACAUAUAUCGGAAAAAAAUUCUCCUUUCGCGUCUGGUGACGAUUUUCUCGUCAAUCUGGCUUCAUCUAGGGAUUUUAUGAUGAUAUUUGGGAAGUUCUUGUAAAAGCAGUUUUCGAAGCUUAAGACUUUCUCGAAGCUUUCAGGAGUUAAAUUGGAAGAAAAACACGUCAAUGUAAAAUUUAAAUUUAGGUACAAGUACAAUGGCAACCUCAGUUUAGUUGUAGAUAUUAAGUAAAACUCUAUCGAUUUCCGGAGCUAACAGGCACAGGUUUAACAAUCAAUAAAUCAAUUAAUAAACUAUUUGAUUAGUGAUGAAAUAUUUGAUUAUGGCAGACCUACUACUUUCUCCAUUCCUUUCAAAAGAAUAAAGCAUUUUUUAAAACAAAAAAAGAGCACAAUAAAAGAUGUAGCAUACUGUAAAAUGCAGUAAUGAAAUACAUUUCAUCUGACUAAACAAAGGGGCUGAAACAUGAAUUACAUUUUGAAAUUUUGGAGUGUAAAGAGUUAAGUUCUUGAAAAUAAUCAUUCCCUUUCUCUAUGUGCCUGGAAGAACGAGAAAACUCUUAAAAAUAUGGAAAAUUUUAGCUGUCCUUUUCCUAGACACUUUUUUGAGAGCAUUUGGAUGUCUAAUUGGAACUCUAUUUCCAGUUUUUUUUUUCUGCAUCACAUUUCAAAAUAUGAAAAAUAGAUAACUUUGUUACAUAAAAACUAUUUAAAGCAAUACUUAUAAUUCAGAUGAUAAAUAAAUAGAACUCUUGUUAUUUACUAAAUGUGUUAUUUACUAAAUUUAUUAAACAGUUUACAUUUAUGUUAAAAAUAUUCUCAAGAAAUAUUUACGAAGAUAAUGUAUAAGUAUAUUUGAAAGAAACACAUUUUCCUGGAAAUGCAUAGUUUUUUCAUAAGACAUGUCUUAUGUACACCUUUGUAGUGCGUAUAUAAUUCUUUAUAUGGACACAAAACUAUUAUCCGUAUCAGUAUCUGAUAAAAUAUUUUAGGUUAUAAAACUGUAACAUGAAGAGAUAAUUAAAAAUGCUGUUCUAGAGCUUUGUUUUUAAAAAAAUGCUAUAAUUCAUUGUAAAGCUAUGAUACUUUGUAAUACUGAUUAUAUAUUUCAGGGACAUUUUGUUUAAAAUUAAUUAGAUAACAAUUCCAUAGAUGAAUGAAACUAAAGUGUAAAGGUACAUUAUGCUAUGAGUGCAGAAAAUAUAUUUUGUUCAAAAUUUACAUUUUUUAGUAAAGGAAUAUUAAACUUUUCACAGAUAUAUUUUCCUUAUAUGUAUAAGCUUGUCAAUUGUAUUUUAAUUUAGAGAGUCCAUAUAAAAUUCUGUAAUGCCUGUACGUUAUAAAAUUCUGUAGUGCUUUUGUAUUUAAUAUUCAAAUAAAUAUAUAGUCCUUGA